AUGGCAAAUAACAUUCCUGCGGGCCUGAAAUCGGCAGAUAUUGGGCGUUUUGCCAUCAGGGCUGCUCAGCUAGAACGCGUUAAACCCAUCGUCUCCUAUUGGUGUAAUUUCUGGAUUGUCAACCAGAUAAUCGAGAAAGGACUACAUUCCUCUGAUGACGAAGUUAAGCUAUACACAACGAGCCUGGUGGAUAAAUUGGAAAGGUUCAAAAACGAAAACCCCGAUAAUGACGCCGUGACGGAUGCAGUGGCUGCGAAUGCCUAUGUGGAACAGUUUGGUCUGGAAGUCUUCGGUCGUGCGGAAGCAACUAUGAGAGCCAACAGAGUGACGAAACAAACUGCAGAUACGUUUCAGGCAGCGGCUACGUUUCUCGAGCUUUGUCAAAUCUGGAGCCCCCCCGAGCCCGAACUGGCCGCCAAAAUCAAGUUCGCCAAAUAUCAUGCGCUGAGGAUUGCAAGGGCCAUCAAGGCCGGAGAGGACCCGAAUGCAUCGAAUCCAGUCAUUGAGGAAGAUGAGCUCGAGCCUAAAGAGGAUGAUCCAGAGGUGCAGGCGAUUGUUCAAUCUCUGCCACCUCAAGAGCCUCGGCCGCUGCAGCCGUCCGUCGAAGAUGAACAGCCUUCAAUACCGCCUCCGACUUUACCACAACCCCCAAUUUCACCUACCGAUAGUCCAUUUUUUCAGCCGAGCGCGUCACAGCCGAGCGCGCCAGCUCCUGCCAUGGGCGUCGAAAAUGAGCCAGAGGCACCAUUGAAUCUCCCCUCAGCGCCUGACACGUUUGCGUCCGCGUCAGCACCGAACCUGCCGGAUACACCGACUCGGCUUGGUGGCCGUCAGUCGGCCGGCGGCCCUGACAGAUUUCAAUCCUUCCCUCCUUCAGCCAGUCCUGAUAGAAGCCCUCCAGGCACAUCUCAUGAUGUCAAAGCUUUUUACAAUACACAAGGCCCCCCUGCCCUUCCUACACAGCCACAAUCGGGAGCAAUUCCUAUAGUGUCACACCCUGCAACUCAGCCCGUACCCGUACCCGUCCCUCAUAUUCCUGCAGCCUCUGCAUCGAGCCAAAUCAAUACGCAAGGAGUUGAUGAUAACUCUAUCGUACAAGCCCAGAAACAUGCUCGCUGGGCAAUAUCAGCAUUGACCUUUGACGAUGUCAAUACUGCAAUCAAGGAACUCAAAUCUUCCCUAAAGCACCUUGGAGUUGAGUGA